UUGCCCUGCAGCCGUGCCCUGGAACCUUCGGCCGCGCGCUCGCGCCGACCCGCCGGCACCCAGGCCGCAGCGCCGCGCCUGAAGAGAAUGGAAGGGCUUCAGAGGAGCAGAUACGGGACUAUGGCUGAAGGCGGAACAGAACAUAAGCAGUUUGCAACCUCGUCCUCACUGAGGAUCAUCCUGGUGGGCAAAACAGGCAGCGGGAAAAGCGCCACCGGGAACAGCAUCCUCUGCCAGCCAGUGUUUGAGUCCAGGCUGGGGGCCCAGUCGGUGACCAGGAAGUGUCAGGGGGCAACGGGCACGUGGAACGGGAGGAGCAUCCUGGUGGUGGACACGCCCCCCAUCUUUGAGGCGAGGGCCCAGGACCAAGAGGCGUGCGAGAACAUCGGGGACUGCUACCUGCUCUCGGCCCCGGGGCCUCACGUGCUGCUGCUGGUGACCCAGCUGGGGCGCUUCACAGAGCAGGACGUGGUGGCCGUGACCAGGGUGAAGGAGGUCUUUGGGGCGAGAGCCCUGAGACACAUGGUCAUCCUGUUCACCCACAAGGAGGACUUAGCGGACGGAUCCUUGCAUGACUACGUAGCCAACACAGACAACCUGAGGCUGAGGGGCCUGGUCCGGGAGUGCGGGCAGAGGUACUGCGCCUUCAACAACCGGGCCUCCGGCGACGAGCGGGGGGAGCAGCUGGCCCGGCUGAUGGCCGUGGUCGAGGGGCUGGAGAGGGAGCACCAGGGCGCCUACCUCAGCAACGACCUCUUCUUUGAUGCACAGCGGCUCCAGCAGGGCGGGGGCGACCCCCACGGAGAAGAUCACGUGCGCUACCUGGCCAAGGUGCGGUCGCAUGUUGCAAAGCAAAAGCAAGGCCUGAAAGAGGCCCAGAGAAACCGUGCCUUCAAGGCGCUCCUCCGAGUCAAAAACUGGAUCAUUUCUCACAUCGGAAUAUUUGCUGUUCUUGUUAUAUGCUUUUUGAUUUUUCUUGCCAUUUUAAUUAGCUUGUGUAGAACUCACGAAUGCUGAGCAUUUUCAGAGGAUACCUGCCAUCAGCUUCCAUGUUUUCAGAGUCAGCAUCUUUGUCUAUGUUGAUAAGGAACUUUAUUUGCUUUUCAUGUAAUUUCACUUUCAAUGUCCCUUCCUUGCAUCAGACACGCCAUCCAUUUUCUUCAGUUGCUUUUUAUUUUCCAUCCAUCUGACCCAUCCAUAGAUCAGUCCAGAGCAGCCUGUUGCCUGAUGUCUGGAAACAGUUCUUUUACACAGGCAUACCUCGGAAACAUCGCAGGUUUGGUUCCAGACCACCACAAGAGAGUGACUAUCAAAAGUAUCACACCAAGUUCUUGGUUUCCCUGUGCACGUAAAAGUUAUGUUUAUGCUACACUGUAGUCUAUUUAGUGUGCAAUAGCGUUUUGUCCAAAAAACAAUGUAUAUACCUGAAUCUAAAAUUACUUUACUG